AUUGUCAAGCUUGAAAGUUAUACGCUUUGUAAACAAAGCGCGUAAAGGCAAUGCAUCAUUUUUGGAAACAAACAUAUUUGACUUGAAUUCAUUAUUCGUGAAUAUAUAUUGUGUUUUUCAUGGUUAAACUGAAAUGAACCGCGCAAAAAAGUGCUGUGUGUAUCGUAACUGCGAGGUCAACAGUCAUAGUAAUCCAGAGAGGACCCUUUUUCAGUUUCCAAAAGACGAAGAACGAGCCUCAAAGUGGUGUCUGGCCGGUGCUGUAGAUCCCAUUGAAACAGGCCCACUUUUUAUGUGCGAUUUGCACUUCUCGCGAAUUUAUAUGUGUUUCAGUGCACGCCGCAAAAUGUUAUUAAAUAUGGCUGUUCCAAAACCAUACGGCGUGACAGAUAACGAGGACGAAUCAGAUCUGUUGCAAAGUUCAUCAGAACAGGCGCAUAACUCAUCACUUGAGAUGACUGUAGAAGAACAUCUAGAUGAAAGUAUGAUACACGAAACCGAAGAAGUAGAAACGGAAAUUAUAUACUCGGCAGAAUCGAAAGACUACAAAAUCGUAGAGAAAUCCAGCAAACAGUCUGCCAAAAAGCAUCCAUCGUCUGAAUCAACAAAAGGCAACUUACCGAUGAAACUUAUUAAAUUGCAAAAACUACCAUAUGCUGCUCGAUCCACUGUUGUCUCAUCAUCUACACCAAGCGACUCGAAAUCAGCUAAUUCCACCUUGUCAGUAGAAUCGUCUGUGGGGCCUAUUCUCCGUAAAAUCAAACUGAAGAAACGACCAGUGGUUGAUUGUAUAAAAGAUACUAAGAAAGAAAAAUUAAACCAGGAACAACCAAAACCAGCAGUCUCUAACAUUGAGGUUGAACUAAUGAAUUCAACAGUCAAAACAAAACCAGAAAGAAAAAGUAUCAUUCCCAAAUCAUCACCGGCUAGCCAGGCGACACCAUCUGUUACCACUAGCAGCAAAAUCACUUACAGUGCGAAAAAGAGCCAUAAAAAAGACUCUGAAGCAGAGGAUUCGAAGGACGAUUCUAUAUAUGAAUUCAUUUUCAAGGGGGAAGAAUAUAUUCAGCUGCCAAAGGCUAAAUAUUUCAGCGAAAAGAAGGACCUCGAAACGAAACUCCAUCGAUCAGAAAGCGAAAGAAAUCAAUUACACAAGAAAUUAGAAUACUAUCGCAGCAUGGUAAAAGACCUGAAAGAAUUUUUAAAUGCUCUACAAGAAGAGAACAUCGAAUGAUGAACAAGGUAGAAACGCAAAAGUCGUAAGCUACUGUAAAAGAGAAAAACUUUGGAGCGUGCAUUGAACAAUUAACAUUGAAAAGAGUUACAUACGAAUAAAAGAUGUUAAAAUGCUUAAUCGUAUAUUUGCUUCUAGUUUUAACGAGAGCAUGUAACAGAAUGAAUUUUUCUUUCCUCGCUGUAAGUUGCUCUUGAAUUAUGGCAUACUUCAUUCCCCUUUCUGUAGGUAGCAAAAAAUACCUUCUCAUCCGUUUUAUUUUUAAUGUACCGAGUUGGUUAAAAUAAACGAUAAGUAAAUUAGAAGAAAAAAU